ACUGAGUCACCUGACCAGGACGCUGGCGGCGUAAUGGCGGCGCCCAUGCUGCGCUGGGGAUGUCCAGGGAGACGUUGGGGUUUAGCCUGGAUUGACGGCGGUUCUCGCCACGAAAGAGGGGCCCCGACUGGGUCCACAUCCAACCGGAUUAGGGGACAGAGUUCAGUGGCUCAGCAACCCCUCCACACGGCCCAGAAGCUGAAGAAAGGUGAACACAAAUGGGCUGCUGUGGUAGGUUUGGAAAUUCAUGCCCAGAUUUCCUCCAACUCUAAACUUUUCUCUGGAGCUCAAGUCUGUUUUACAGCACCUCCAAAUUCUUUGGUUUCUUUUUUUGAUGCAUCUCUUCCUGGAACUUUGCCGGUUCUCAACAGGAGGUGUGUGGAAGCCGCGGUGAUGACAGGCCUGGCUCUGAACUGCCGCAUCAACAAGAAGUCCUUGUUUGACAGGAAGCACUACUUCUAUGCAGACCUCCCUGCGGGCUACCAGAUCACUCAGCAGAGGCUCCCUAUUGCCGUGAAUGGGAGCUUGACAUACGGCGUCUGUGUCGGGAAGAGACGGAGUCAGAUGGUCACCAGGACAGUGAGGAUCAAGCAAAUCCAGCUGGAGCAAGACAGUGGCAAGAGCCUCCACGAUGACCUGCGGUCUCAGACGCUCAUUGAUCUGAACAGGGCGGGUGUUGGCCUUCUGGAGGUGGUCCUGGAGCCAGACAUGUCCUGUGGAGAAGAGGCAGCAACAGCUGUCAGGGAGCUGCAACUGAUACUUCAAGCCCUGGGGACCAGCCAGGCAAAUAUGGCAGAAGGCCAGUUGAGAGUGGAUGCCAAUGUAUCCGUACAUCACCCUGGGGAGCCUCUGGGCAUUCGAACGGAAGUGAAGAAUCUCAAUAGCAUCAGGUUCCUGGCCAAAGCCAUUGACUAUGAAAUUCAGAGACAGAUCAAUGAGCUUGAGAAUGGAGGAGAAAUUCUGAAUGAAACACGCUCAUUUGAUUACAAGCUGGGGUGCACCAUGCCAAUGAGAGACAAGGAAGGAAAACAGGACUACAGGUUCAUGCCGGAGCCCAACCUGCCUCCCCUGUUGCUCUACGACUCUGCAUCUCUGCCUGCAGGUGCAGACUCCCAGCAGGUGAUCAACAUCGACCAGCUUCGGGAGAGGCUCCCGGAGCUCCCCAGCGUGACCCGAGAAAGGCUCGUCCAACAGUAUGGGAUGCUGCCGGAACACAGCUUCACUUUGCUGAAUGAAGUUGGCCUGCUGGAGUUCUUCCAAAAUGUGAUAAAAGAAACCAGGGCAGAGCCAAAAAAGGUGACUAGUUGGGUCCUCAACACUUUCCUGGGCUACUUAAAGCAACAGAACCUCGCUGUCAGUGAGAGUCCUGUCACACCCUCUGCGCUCGCACAGCUUCUGGACCUACUGGACAGCAAGGCAAUUUCCUCAUCAGCAGCUAAGCAGGUGUUUAAGGAGCUGUGGAGAAGUGAAGGGAAGACUCCCAUGCAGAUUGUGUCAGAAAAGCAGCUUGAACUGAUGCAGGACCGAGAGGCACUGGAGCAACUCUGCCAGUCUGUGAUGGAGGGACAUCCUCAAGUGGUAAUGGAUGUGAAGAAGGGAAACUCCAGGGCUCUAAAUAAGCUGAUUGGGUUGGUCCGGAGAGCCACUCUGAGCCGAGCGGAUCCCGCGAUGAUAAAGGAAAUACUGGAGAAGCAGCUGUCACCGUGAAACCACCGGAGAACAGUGCAACCCGGGCAGGGACAGGAAUCUGUGGAACCUGAAGUCCGCGUGCCCUGAGCACUGGCCUCUCAGCCCCAGCCAAGCCACGCCUUCUGUGAGGUUCUCAUCCUCUGGGGCCUAGCCAGGGAGGCCACCUCUACAGCAGCCCGGCAGCCAUGCCUGCCUGCUCUGUCCACAAAAAGGGAUCCCACAAUGGCUGCAGCAACAGCGGCCAACGAGUAAUGCCUUCUUGUGUUUAGUACUUCUAAACUAAAUAAAACGUGUACUUCAAACACUGUUCCCAUUCUAGGAAAA